AUGGUGACUCUACCCCCAGAUGAUCAUCUCAAAGAACACAUGUCUCACUUUCGACCUGGUCCACAGGUGUUGAACGACUUCUCAUCUGGUUUCUUCCUCAUCUCGGCGCCCCACGUGUGUGGUGGCAGCGACUCUCCGUCGUUGGUGGUUGUCGUUCCUUCGGUGGUAUACCACUGGGAGAUCCGGGCGGCAAUUCGAGCCACGUGGGGAAGUCCUGCCCGAGGGAAACUAUGGCCAGGCCAUACACAUCGUCUUUCGGUCAAACUUGUUUUUGUAUUCGGUGUCACCGACAAGAACGGCAGCAGGGACCUGCGCGAGGAAUCCCAGCGGUACGGCGAUAUCGUCCAGGGGGACUUCCACGACAACUACCGAAACCUCAGCAUCAAGACUGCAGCGGCAUUGCAGUGGAGUGACACGCACUGCCCAGGUGCCAAGCACGUGCUCAAGGUGGACGAGGACACCUUCGUCAACAUCCCUCUGCUGAUGGAAGUCCUGGACUACAUGACUUCGCUGAAGCUGAAAUUUGUCUUGGGUCACAGGCACAGCUCUGUGCGUCCCCGUGUGGCAAGAGCAGGGCGGUGGGCUGUGGACCAUGCUCUUUACAAGUAG